CCUGGCCACGCCCAUGCUGCUCACGACCACGCCCCGCUCCCGGCGCGCCCCGCCCCUGCCCUGGCCACGCCCACCCUGCUCGCGGCCACGCCCCGCCUCCUCGCCCAACCGCCAACGGGCGCAGGUGCGCGAGGAGCCGGGGUGGCGUCCGCGCUGCUUGGCUCUGAGGAGGCCGGACGAGGAGUCUUGCCGGCGCCCGAGCCCCCGGCCCCGCCAGUUCUCCCCGCAGCCCCGAGCGCGGCCUCGAGGUCUGCAGGUGGCACCCAAGGUGCGCGGCUCCUUGCGAGGUCCGGCCUGGAGCAGGGUGCUGGGGCGAUGCCCGGGCCGAGGCCCCCUCUGCACACAUGGAGGAGGCCCCUCUGCUUGGCGGGAUGUGCGGUCCCGAGGAUGAGAUCGUGACAGACCUCUUCAGUCCGGAGAACCGGUUCGUGUCGGAGAAUGUGACCCUGAAAACCCCCGUGGCGGUGAAGCACGAGGAAGACAGGUUCCCGGUCUUCAAAGACGCGUACCUGAGCUCGGCAGACCCCAAGGAGCCGCUCCUGCGCGCGUUCAGCCCCCCGCUGGGCGUGGACUGUAAGAAUAAGGUCAAAGUGGAGCUCCUGGGGGACCAGAACGACGCGGAGGAGAUGCUCGGGGAGUACCCAGGGCUCCCCGAGCUCAGUCCCCUGGAGGAGGCCGCUCUUCCUUCGGCCCCGCCGCCGCCGGCCUACAACGUCCACUUCCUGUCCUCCCUGCUGGCCCCGCACCGGAGUCCGGCUGUCUUGCCCCUCGGCGCCUGGGCCAGGGAAGGAGACGCCCAGGCGGGUGUCCGGGUGUUUCCAGUUGAUAUAAAGGAAGCAGGUGAUACUCUGACGAGUAACAAUUCAGAGGAAGCAGCUUUCCAGAACCCUCAUACACAAGAAUCCUGUUGCAAGUUUCCGUCAUCCCAAGAACCGGAGGACGCCCCGGGCUGUUCUCUUAAGAAAGACUCUAAUCCAAUGCUUGAUAACGGAUCCUUAUCAUCGAUAGUGAGUGGAUCUACCUUCCCCUCAGCAGCCACUCUCCUGGGACCACCCAAAAUAACUUUGGCUGGGUACUGUGAUUGCUUUGCCAAUGGUGACUUUUGCAACAACUGCAAUUGUAACAAUUGUUGCAACAAUUUACGGCAUGAAAUUCAGCGGUUUAAGGCCAUUAAGGCAUGUCUUGAUAGGAAUCCAGAAGCUUUCCAACCAAAAAUUGGGAAAGGAAAAUUGGGAGACAUUAAGCCUCGACAUACCAAAGGAUGCAACUGUAAGAGGUCGGGCUGCCUUAAGAACUACUGCGAGUGCUAUGAGGCCAAAAUUAUGUGCUCUUCUAUUUGCAAAUGCAUCGGUUGCAAAAAUUAUGAAGAAAGCCCAGAAAGAAAAACACUAAUGAACCUGCCAAACUAUGUGGAAACUGGAGGUUUCGAAGGUAGUCAUCAUGUGUCACCAACAAGAUUCUCAGGACCACCCAAAUUCAGGACGGACAGGCCGGCCCCCUCGUGCAUCUCCUGGGAGGUGGUGGAAGCCACGUGCGCCUGCCUGCUGGCCCAGGGCGAGGAGGCCGAGAAGGAGAGCUGCUCGCAGUGCCUGGCCGAGCAGAGGGUCCUCGAGGAAUUCGGAAGGUGCUUAUCGCAAAUCCUGCACAUCGAGUUUAAAUCCAAAGGGUUGGGAGUCGAGUAGUGCAUGAAGUGAACCAGGGACGUGUGUAAGUUUGGUCCCAACACUCGGAGUAAAACCUACAGUUUAAAAGGUGCAGCCAGGCCCUGGGGGCUCUGCCUCAGCCCCCCGGGUGCACAGGAGGAGCUUCCCCUCUGCCCUGGGGCCCAGAGAAUCCACGCAGAGCCCAGUGCAGGGUCUGGGGGUGGCGGUUCUUGUGUCCCAGUUGUCUGUCUGGGGCUCCUGUAACACAGCUACUCCUGGGAGAGUUGCCUGCAGCGAUGCUGAGGGAGGGAAGGGAAAGUCAGGCCAUGGGCAGAAAACAAGCUCAUUCCUGCUGCUGUCAGGCUCCCCAGGGAAUUUUCCUCCGCAGGCUGCUCUGCAUUAAAAUCCUAAUGGUUUUUUGUUGUUGUUGAUGUUUUCCCAAAUUAUUUAGAAAUAAAUUCUCCAGAUGGGCCAUUAUGAUACAAUUUAAAAUUUCUAAAGAAUUGCUAAAUACCCCAAAGAAUUUCUGUAGUGUAGACAUUUCCGCAGAGACACGUAAAUUACCAGUCUCUACCCCCAGCCUCCUGGAGACGAGAACAGCCAGACUUGCAUCAGUAGCAUCUCGGGUUGUGGGACAUAAAACUCUAGUUUCUUAGGUGUUUCUAUUUGAAUUGUGGAAAAGCUCUAUUAUCCAAUUAACUUCUCUAUAGUUACUGUUAUAUGUCAUUAUUGUUUGUAAAAUAUGUUUAAAAUAAUAAGCUUGCCGCAACUGUGAGGCAAGAUUCAUUAUGAAGUUGACUCUCUUUUGGUUCUAUUGCAAAAGCAAAGAUGAAUAAAAAUUUCAAAUGUC